GCGCCGAGGAGCGGCAGCUCCACGCUGUCUCUGUCUUGCCCCGUCGCGGGCGAGCGGCCGGCCGGGAAACUUUUCCCAGGACGCGAGGCAGGAGUUUCCAGGAUGAAUACUACAGCAAUGAGCCCACUCACGGUUACUCCACUAAGUUUUGUUCCAGAGUUUAAAAAUGCCACCCUUGAGCCUUUUAAUGAGACUGCAUGUGAAAACUGGAAAGAGAUUCAUCAUCUUGUUUUCCACGUGGCAAAUAUUUGCUUUGCAGUUGGGCUGGUUAUUCCAACUACUUUGAAUCUUCAUAUGAUUUUUCUGCGAGGUCUGCUCACCAUAGGAUGUGCAUUGUUCAUCAUUUGGGCUACACUCUAUCGCUGUGCGUUGGACAUAAUGAUCUGGAAUUCUGUGUUUUUGGUUGUCAACCUUUUACAUUUCAUAUACCUAGUGUAUAAAAGAAGGCCGAUCAAGAUAGAGAAGGAACUUAGCAGCCUCUACAAGAGAAUGUUUGAACCUCUCCAUGUGCCUCCAGAGCUCUUCCAAAGACUAACCGGACAGUUCUGCAACAUUCAGACUUUAAAGACUGGGCAAGCCUAUGCAGCAGAAGAUAAAACAUCGGUUGAUGAUAGGCUAAGCAUCCUGCUGAAGGGAAAAAUGAAGGUGUCUUAUCGAGGGCAUUUUCUGCAUAAUAUUUACCCCUGUGCCUUUAUAGAUUCUCCUGAAUUUCGAUCAACACAGAUGAACCGGGGUGAGAAAUUCCAGGUCACCAUUGUCGCAGAUGAUAACUGCAAGUUCCUGUGCUGGUCCAGGGAAAGGCUGACUUACUUUCUGGAGUCUGAGCCAUUUCUUUAUGAGAUCUUUAAGUAUCUUAUUGGCAAAGAUAUUACAAAUAAACUUUAUUCAUUGAAUGAUCCAACCUUAAAUGACAAGGCUUCAAAAAAGAUUGAUCGCCAGCCUAGUCUCUGCUCUCAGCUCUCCGUGAUGCAGAUGAGAAACAGUAUGGCCAGUACCAGUGACAGCGAGGAUGGCUUGCAGAUGUUUCUUCGUGGGACUUCCUCUGCAUCCUCUCUUCGCCCGGGCCGGACAUCUCCCUACCUGAGAACUUCAGCAAAGAUGAAGCCAAUAGAAGAAAGUGUUGAAGAUGAUGUCUUUGAAGCACCAUCUGGUGAUAAGUUUGAACUCCAGCGGCUGCCUUAAAACAGAUGUGUCCUCAGGUGUAUCAGAGCUUGCACAAAGCUCCCAUGCAAAAGGAUGAAGUUGAAUUUGGGGGGAAUCUGAAAGCUAAACCCACUCUCUGUGUUUGAAGUUACCACAGCAUAUGCCCGUGGCUUCUAGAUGGAAAUGUCACGUUUUAUUUUACUUCUAAAUAAAAUAAAUAAAACUUGUAUGUGUUUUUUAUUUUCUUGA